GUCGGCCAUGUUGAAUAUUUCUCUUUGCUGGCGCAUGUCGUGUGCGGUGACCAGAAAGUCGGACUGUUUGACAGCUUUCGGUGAUUAUAGCUAGUUGUGCCACAUUACGACGUUCAUCAUGGCUCCGAAUAUAACGGUGAAAGUGCACCCCGUAGUACUGUUCUCCAUUGUUGACUCCUACGAGAGAAGAAACGACGGCGCUGAGCGCGUCAUUGGCACCUUGUUGGGCUCCUACGAGAAGGGAGGCGUGGAAGUGACAAACUGCUUCUGCGUGCCCCACAACGAGUCGCAGGAUGAAGUCGCGGUUGACCUGGAGUUCGCCAAGAACAUGUUCGAACUGCACAAGAAAGUGAACUCCGCCGAAGUGAUCGUCGGCUGGUACGCGACCGGUCCUGAUGUGACCAGCCACUCGGUUCUCAUCCACGACUACUACAGCCGUGAAGCUACCAACCCCGUUCACUUGACCCUGGACACUCUGAUGGCAGACAACAAGAUUAACAUCAAAGCGUACACGAGCACCCCUUUCGGAGUCCCAGGGAAGAAUGUGGGCACCAUGUUUACGCCAUGCAAGGUGGAGGUCAUCGGCUAUGAGGCUGAGAUGGUGGGUCUAAAGUUGACACAGAGAACGAAACACAGCAAGCAGCGGAGCGUUGAGUGCGUGCCAGACUUCGACGCUGUGGGUCAGUCCUGCCGCGAGAUGCGCGAGAUGCUCGAAGUGGUCAUCAGUUAUGUGGAUGAUGUGCUCACGGGAAAAACGCCCCCAGACAACCACGUGGGGCGCAUGCUUCUUGAUAUCAUCCAGAGCGUUCCUCAGAUGGAGAAUGACAAGUUCCAGGACAUGCUCAACAGCAACAUGAAAGACCUGCUUAUGGUCGUUUACCUCUCACAGCUUACGAAGACCCAACUUGCACUGAAUGAGAAACUGAGCCUGCUUUAAAAGCCGUAGGACUGUUAU